AUGGAGAACAAUUCCUUUAGGCCUAAGAAUACUGGAACCCAUGACAUUUUUACCGAAGUUUCCAUGAAUGAAGAUCUUUCAGAUACUGUAUCAUCCUAUCCACAUACUUUCAACAAAAACACUGAAGUCAUUCGAAAAAUUUCUUUUCUAGGUCUUCUUUGUUCUCUAAUUUCCGCUCUGUUUUUUGCCAGUGCAUCAUUUAUUGUCGCCUUCGUAACCAAUGUGGAUCCUAUGGAGAUUUUAGUUAUCCGAAGUUGUAUCCAGUUGCUGAUGUAUGUACCAGUUGUUAUCUAUAAGAAAACUUCUUUCUUUGGUGUUAAAGGAGAGAGAUGGUUUCUUUGUAUGCGAGCAGUGGUAGGAACAGUUGCCAUGGGAAUGGGAUACUAUUCCUUUCGAUUGAUUCCAUUGGCAGAUGCUUCCACUAUAAUUUUUAGUUGUCCAGCGUUAGUAACUCUUUUUGCCUGCGUUUUGUUGAGAGAACCAUGUGGAGUGUUUCAAGUAUUCACUGUUAUUCUGACUUUAACAGGUGUGGUGCUUAUAUCUAGACCAUCUUUCUUAUUCGGAGUUACUUCAACAGACCAGGUUAGUUCAGCACAACGCCUCCAGGGUUCUCUGAUAGCAUUUUGCUCGUGUAUUGCGGCAGCAUUGGCCUUCAUAUCCUUGCGUAAAUUGCAGAAAACACCAACUUCUGUAGUUAUAUGUACAUUUUCCAUUGCAUCCAUUGCUUUUGGCCUAAUUUACCUCUUCAUUGUGGACAAUUUUACAAUUCCCAUUUGUGGACAAGAUGCCAUUCUUCUGGUUCUUUGUGGAGUCUUUGGGACAUUUGGACAGUUCCUACUCACAACUGCACUGAAAUUAGAAGAUGCUGGCCCUAUAUCUUUGACAAGGACACUUGAUAUCAUUUUAGCUUUUGUUUUUGGAGUAUCAUUUCUUGACCAAUAUCCUUCCUGGACUAGCAUCGUGGGGGCUUUGGUUGUUUGUUCCUCUAUCGUUUCAUUGGCAAUCAAGAAAUGGAAAGACAAGCAUAGAUCACAAAACACUUCCUUAAGUGAAAGAAAACCUCUCAAGAAUAAAACCACUACUAUUUACAAUUCAGUUUUACCUCAAAAAGCUGAGUAA